ACUCGCUCACUCUACCCCAAGCCAGCUCUGCCAUGGCCGCCUCCACCAUGUCUGUCUGCUCUGAUGCCUGCACCCACUCCUCCUGGCAGGUGGACGACUGCCCAGAGAGCUGCUGUGAGCCCAGCUGCUGUGCCCCCAGCUGCUGCCAGUCUAGCUGCUGUGUCCCCAGUUGCUGCCAGCCCAGCUGCUGCCAGUCCAGCUGCUGCGCCCCCAGUUGCUGUGCCUCAGGUCCCUGUCUAACCCUUGUCUGCACACCAGUGUGUUGUGGGUCCAGCCCCUGCUGCCAAUCUUCAUGUUGCCAGCCAGCGUGCUGCACCUGCUCCCCCUGCCAGCAGUCCUGCGGUGUGACUCUUUGCUGCAAGCCUGUCUGCUGCACACCUGUCUGCUGUGGAUCCUCCUCAUGCUGCCAGCAGCCUAGCUGCCAGUCCUCUUGCUGCCAGCCAUCCUGCUGUGCGCCUGUCUGCUGCACACCUGCCUGCUGCAAGCCUGUGUGCUGCACUCCUGUCUCCUGCACACCUGUCUGCUGCAAGCCUGUCUGCUGCAAGCCUGUCUGCUGCACACCCAUCUGCUCUGGAUCCUCCUCAUGCUGCCAGCCACCCUGCUGUGCACCUGUCUGCUGCAAGCCUGUCUGCUGCAAGCCCUGCUCCAGCAUGUCCCUGCUCUGCCGCCCUGUGUGCAGACCUGCCUGCUGUGUGCCCACCUCCUCCUGCUGUGCCUCCUCCUGCCAGCCCAGCUGCUGCCGCCCAGCCUCCUCCUGUGUGCCCCUGCUGUGCCGCCCUGCCUGCUCCCGCCAGGCCUGCUGUGGCCUCUCCUCAGGCCAGAAGUCCAGCUGCUGAUGAC